GUCGUGGCGGAAGGAUGCAUGGCGGCCGCCCUGUGUUGUUCGGCGUGCUAGCGAGCGCCCUUUCUCAGUUUUUUUGUUGGGCUUGUGUUUCGUACCGGAUAACGUCGCUUCGUGGGCUUGCGCUCCUUCCAUGUUUUCUGUUUUGUUUUGCUUACGACAUCUGAAUGUGUACUCUCCCCGCUGGCGGACGCUCAUGUUUAGCUGCGUGCGAAUGGCAAAUGGCAGGACGACCACUCCGCGUAUUCGUCGCGUCGUGAAUGUCGUUUUGUGAAUUUCCUGAGUUUCUGCUGGCAUUGGCGGUGCAAGAAGCAAAUCGUGUUUUUUUUUGUCUUCAAUUCACUCAAUUGCUGCAGUUCUGGGUGUUAUUGUGAAUGAUCCGGGAACAUGGUACGUCUGACAGGACUGCUGUUGACUGCGAGGAGGUGCAAGGAAGUGAAAUGAACUCGUGCAAGUCUCUUACGACGGUGACAUAAAUUGGUGUUCCGCGCUCGAUUAAAUCCUUAGAAAAUUCCGCCAUACGGUAAUGGACCUCGUAGCGUAAAUCGGUGCAAUUGUGGUGUUCAGAUGUGCGGAAUUCAUCAAGGUAAACAUAGAUUUUAGGUGGUAACAGCUUCCCGGAAUGGCUGUCCACAGCGCUCGAUUGCAAGCGCCUGGUGCUGCGAUUUUCUAAAGGCUCCAUUAUUCGUUUUACGGAGCGUUGAUGUUUAAUCAGGAGAAUAACUGAUUAAAUUUACUGAUUAAAAAAAAUCAUUGAUUAGUUUGAAAAAUCAGCUAAAUAAAACAGCAAUAAUAGCUAAUCAUGAGACCUGAAUCGCCGGAACACUAUCUAAAAAGUGUCUUUAUUGUGUUUAACGAAGAACAAAAAGACAAAAUCGGAGUGUUUUAGGUAAAUCUUUCUGAAAUGCAUCGCGUUAAAUUUCGCCGGAAUGAAUCAAAGGAAAUUUCAAAACGUGAAAUAUUGAAGUAAAAUAUGUUGCAAUAUUUCCAUACUAUAAAAAUCGUAUUUCGUCUAUUACUAAAUAUUAUAAGCAAUGCGCGCAAAUAUAUAUACGUAAACAAAAAGUGCUGCAAAUGCAUGUGACUAAGUGAUAAUUUUCCCAAAGUUUUUUACUCUCUUCAUUUAAAAAUGGCAGAUAUUAAAUUCAUUGUUCUAAAGAUUAAUGGUAUCGAUAUAAGUGAAAUGCCUCAUAGUGAUGCAGUACAAAUGUUCCUAAAGGCUUCUGAGCCAAUGAACUUGGAAGUUCGACGUCCAAUAUCUGAUGAUCUCAAUAAAUUUCAUAUUUCUAAUGGAUACUUCUCGCCAUUUACGUGUGUAAUAUCACCAUCGUUGACACUGUCCCCUCCAUCAACUUCUCCACAACAACAGUAUUCUCCCAAAGUUGAUAAUUUUGAAAGUAAAAAUGAAAAUAAAUUACCAUUGGACGACGAAGCCGGCAAUGGGGGUGGAGAUGAUGUUGCCGAAGAUAUAGUUAAAGAUUCACCAACAUCUGGUACUGUGACUGGAUCACCAUCGUCCGGAUCGAUUGGCGAGAAGUCGUUUGUUUCAACUGGCAUACAGACUGAUACGAUUAUUGCGGAAUAUAUCUUUAGUGAUGCAUCGGUUGACGAUCAGUCUAAUGAGCAUAUUUUUGAGGAAGGUUUACCACCUGAAAUUGAUAUUGAGGAAGUAACAUUACAAAAGUCAGCUAGCCAUGAAAAGCUAGGAUUAACGGUGAGCUACAGCUCGGGAUCUGAUGACACCGAUACAUGUACAGAAGUUUAUAUUAGCGAUAUAAUACCAAAUAGCGUAGCUGCGCGAGAUGGGCGUUUACGGCAAGGUGAUCAAAUACUUCAAGUGAACGGUCGUGAUGUCUCUGGCAAAGAAGACACAGAAACGUUAAUUGCCGAGAACAAGAAUGCUGUCACGUUUCUGGUCAGCCGCUAUUUAUAUAUAGACGAUGAUCUUCACACUUCAUAUGACGACUAUGACAAUGAUAUCGCACAACAGACUUAUCAGAAUUGUUUGUCUCCGACAAAAGUUCGUAACAAUGGUUUCUCCAUAAUAGGGGACCUUCGUUCGUCAUCAGAACAAACAAAUUCAAAUACUUCUAGAUCAUCGUCCUCACAUAAAAGCAAUAUUGAAGCAACUGAAAUAGGAGGAGUUAACGCCAAGGAUAACAAAGCUAAAAUCGCAAUAGACCCAUUAGACCAUGUAAAUAUCGAAGCUCAUUUGGAAUCUGUGAAUCAAGAACUUGCUCAGUUAACAUCUCGAAUGGAGAACAGCAUGAUGCUUCAUAAUAGCAUAAGUGGCCACAGUUGGAAAUAUAACAAGGCGACGAGUAGUUCUGCAAUUAUGGCAUCUUCGUCUCUUCCAAAAGUAGGCCAAAAUUUAAAUAUAUAUCGUACUCCUAUUGAUAAUGUUGCGAAAUCCACGAGCUCUACGAUUGCCGACAACACACUCGAUACUAAGCCACCUAAAACAACUCCAACCGUGUCAACUCGAAAAUUAACAAAUCCUAGGUCUAAUUGCAAUAAAAAACCGAUCGAAUCUGACACUGAACAUAUUUAUGAAACUAUUCCCGAGGACAUUGAAUCAGAACCGUUUUAUUGUCUUCCUUACGAAGCGAUUGAACAAAAUCUAGUUGAACAAUGGCUAGAGAUGCAACACUGUCAACAACAGAUCUUACUGCGUCAACAGCAACUUAAUGAUGUUGAAACUCCUGCUAAAACGCCAGGUAUUCGUGGCGGCAGUAAAAAAGAUCGUAGUGGCUUACUUUUGCAACAAAUCAAAGCAAUCUCCAAUAAUAUGAGAUUUCAGCCGUCAAGUUCUUCGAAAACUAUGAAAAGCAAUUCAAGCGGCGAAGACCACGAGAAUAGUUCAAGUGCCUAUAAUACGGGCGGCUCCUGUAAUAGUAACAAUCAUUUAGCGCCUGAAAUGAACUCUAAUGAAGAAGGAGGGGGUGUUUGUGAUAAGACUGGAUAUCAAAGAGCAACUGCGGCCUUGCAUAUUCCGCCAGGAUCACAGCCAUCUGUACAACAACAAUGCCCCGAUGAUUGUGCAGGUACUUAUAUUCAGGAUAUAAACGAUAAUUGUGAGGAGUGUCAACGCCAGAAAAAGGAUAAAGUAUCUUCAAGUCCAAAACAUGAGCUGGCACAGCAGAAAUCACCUCAAAAGUUGCAACGUUUGUUAGCCUCUAAACAGCAGUGUCCCCUUGCCAUCCCAAUCAUUCACUCUGCAUUGCAACAACGAGUAGCAGAUCAGACACUUGCUAAGUCGCCCGAGAUAUCCGCUGAUACAAUGUAUACGAAUAUGGCGAAUCUAAAACGGACAAUGUUACUUCAACAAAAACUAUUUCGUCAGACCUUGAUUCGUCAAAACGCUGCUCUAGGACAAGCUUCACAUGCAUCAGUAGCUGAAGGUGCUAAAAUUUCGCCACCAACUGAUCGAUUACCGUUCAAUGCGCCAAAUCUUAGUCAAUAUCAUUUCGUCAGCAGCCAAGAAGUGAGUGCAAUUCAAACGAAGCAAACUACAUGCGAGGAGCCCCCAAUGGUUUGGAAGGUGAAACGGCGACAGGAUGGAACUCGGUACAUUGUUCGACGACCCGCUCGUAAUCGAAUACUCCGUGAACGUGCCAUACGCUUGACAACUGAACGUAACGAUCAGACAACGGAAGACGAUACAAUUUCUGAAAUUAAGACAGGUCGUUACUGGACUCGGGAAGAGCGAAAGAAACACAUUGAACGUGCUAAGGAACGUCGGCAACGGCAACAGCAACAACAAUUAUCAUUUAAUAGAUGUGAAAAUGCAGACAAUACACUACCAAGCGGUGCUCUUGCAACUGCAACAAUUGGUCGUAAGCAGCAAGGACGUAUUAUAGGUGGACAACAAUCUUUAAUUUCAACACCGGGAGCUACCAGCCAGAAUAGGUGUCCUACAUUAACAACAGUACAGACUUUAGAUUGCCCUAUUACGCAUAAGAAGAGUUUGAAAAAAAAGAAAAAAGAUGAAAACCCAACCACAGUCGUAGGAGAAAGUAAUAAUAAGAUGGUAGGUCUACUUUCCGUUACGACAGUUUAAUAUACAAAGCUCCAUUACACAAGCAAUCUAAGGACGAGUUGCUUGACAAAUAGGAAAAAGUGUAACGAUCGUAAAAUCGUCUAAGAUUUGUAACGUUUUCUUCCAGAUUCAGACUAGUAUUCCAUUCAGUCUUAACUACUCAAUUCCUUUCCAAACAUUUGUUCCGUCAAAAUCCGUUCCAACCGAACAAGUCUGAUUCACAUUCCUGGUGAAGCCCAAUUUCGAAAGUGGAUUGUUUAUAGUAAGCGAAUACUGAAUAAUUCUAUUUAGAGGGAAAUAUUAUUAAAUACAGAUGCCUAUUAAUGGUUGUCAGUGUCUUCCAAUUCCAGUUGAUAGGAGACUUGAGCCAAAUUUUAGAGCUCUACAUGUGCUGUCUUCCUUUUCCUAGUAAAGGUUUCGCUUAUGGUUACUUCCACAAUAGAAGUUGCUUAUCUAGGAAAUGGGAAAGUCCUUGUUCGGCCGUAUAAGCAUUAAACAUAUUAUAUAAAGUAAAUCAGAACUCUUCCUGUAUUAAAAAAGAUAAAAAAAAAGCUAUUCUCCUAUGUCGUUGCUAAUUCCCUUAACGUAGAAUUAGAAAUUAAAAUACUUAAUGUGUAGAUGCAUCUAUAUUCGCUGUUCUAUUACAAAUUGAUAUACGUAGUGUUUAUAUGACGAUAAGGAAAAUGAAACGGAAAAUAUUUACAACAUAAGUACUAAAGUAAAUUAGGUAUAGAAAGAACGGGAAGAAUAUAGAAUAUUGUGGUUAUUAUGUAAUUAUCUUGUUAUACAGGAUGUCAUAUACUAAAAAGGGAAAUUCCUGUAAUCUAAUAAUAUGCAA